AUGAGCCAAGCAACUGUCAAGCUGGUGGAAAAGAUGCUUGUUUUGGGUGAAGAAUUGGAUUCAAUUAUAGAGGUUGGAGGACAUCUGCGGAGGGAGUUCAGAACAGUUUAUUUCAAAGCCAUCAACUUUAUGUAUAAGCAUGAGUUGAUUGCUGUUGAAAAUUUGCAGUCUUUGUUUGACAAGAAUAAUCUGGAAUAUGCUGCAUCCCAGAUGAAAUCACUGCAUGAUUGGUAUCACAACCCAUAUGGACGUAAUAACGAGAAGUUCUGGUAUCCCACAGUCACAGAAGGUGGAUACAACCGCUGGUAUAUGUCAGAUUUUACAAACUUAUUCAGAGAACCUGAUAAUUAUUACAAGGAAAGAACCACUGCUUUGGAAACUAUUCAGCCAGAUAUUCAAGAGGCACUCAAAAUCUUCAAAUUAUCAAAGAAGAAUUUAACAAAACAAGUUAUGGAUGUGGACCAAGAUUUGAUCAAGGAUCUCAAGCUGCUAAACUUCAGCAAACAGCUUAUCACAGAAGUAGACAAGUUUAGGACUUACAUAUCUCAGAAUCACCACUUAUUCCCUGAUGGUGAUUUGGCAGCAAGCACAAUCAAGGUUAAAAGUCAUGCAAGAACAAAUUUGUUUGAACUGGAUCAAUUCUCAAAACAUGUUGACAGAAUGGUUGAUGAGCAUGCCAAGACUGUCUCUGCUAUUCUCCAAGUAGAAACUAUUGAUGACUAUUUUUUUCAGCACCACAUGGAAGAAACGAUUGAAUCCUUUCGAGAACUCAGGUCGUAUAAGAAGAUUGCUAGAAGGUCGGGCCAAUGUAGAACAGCCCAUGAUAAGGCUGAAGGAGGAUUCAAGAACAAGUCUGCAGUUCAAGAUGAGACAAAAAAGCCAACCUCGAGUCUUCAGUCACACUAUCACCAGACAAACCAGGAAUCUCAAAAUCUGAAAGAAUAUAGCAGUCCAGUUUUUACAGCCGUAGAAUUACAUUCGGUUGAAGAUGAAUCAAACACAUCACAGUCCCCAAAAGACACUUCCAAACAAUCCUCCAACGGCCAUUCAGUUAUAAGUCCCCCGAACGCCUCAACUUCGCUCUACGAUUCAAAACCACAGGUCGCCGAUAUCCCGCCGACACCCUCUUCCGGAGAUCACAUCAAGCCGGACUUCGACGAUGGGAAGGAGCAGAGCACGAUUGUCAUACGCGAUAUUCUUAUCGCCAUCUCAAUCCUGGCACUAUCCCUGCUUUUCCUCGGCAUUAUGUGGCUCGCACUGAUAGUGUUCCGUCCUAUGAUCAGAUCAUCCCGGAUGAGGUUUGAUCCGCGAUACCGGUUCAAAAGAAACAAAAAAACGGAUGAUCCGCCGCAAUGGUGGACUCAGUUUCACAUAAACUCACAACGGUCAGAAGGUGGGGUUUGGUCUGACACCAGAAAUCUCGCUGAACGCUCGAAUCCAGCUGGAUCUACAUUUGGACCAACAAACGGAAUGAUAACCGAAUCCAAACCCUGGCAUGUCAGCGAGGUUGUGCCCACAGAAUUCCCCGAAACGUAUGAAGUGUUGAACGACCCCGAAAGUCAGUGGGAACCGGAGAAUACUAGGAUCCACGAGAAACACGUCCCGCAAAGUCGACUCGAGACCUGGCUGAGAGGGAAUGAUGAAAUGAGGGGAAGGCUGUUCUCAGCUACCGUGGUCUGGCAUAAGGACCCAAGCCUCUUCUCGAAAAAAGAACCCACCCUGGUGCCGGGAUUACCUUCGCUGGGACCUUCCGACUCGGCUUCUAGAUUCUGA